AUGCCGUCCCAGCGCCCGACUCACCAGCCCCGCUUCAUUGACAACGGCUACAUCCAGUUGAUCUCUGAGAUUGGCACUGGUGCCUACGGUGUUGUCUACUAUGCUCUCGACUACCUUUAUGGCCGGCCCAUUAAGCGUGCUGUCAAGCAGCUCCGUCGUCACGGCAUCGAUGAAAGGCAACGCCGCUUCCAGCUCCGUGAGAUCGAGCUUCACCACCGCGCAUCCCGUCACGGCUCCAUCGUUGGCAUGGACCGUCUCGUCGAGGAGCACGACUGUGUUUACGUCGUUAUGGAUUACGGAGAUGAGGGUGACCUGUUCGCCAUGAUCACAGAGAAGCAGAGGGUGAGUACUUUAUCGUGCUCGGGCGUGGUGGCUCUCUAUGCUGGAGACAACGACCUGAUCCGUUCCGUCUUCCUGCAGAUCCUUGACGGUGUCGACUGGCUUCACCAGCUUGGUAUCGCUCACCGCGAUGUCAAGCCCGAGAACAUUGUCUGCUCGAACGAUGGCACCCGUGUGCGCAUCGUUGACUUCGGUCUGGCCACCUCGGAGUCGACCUCUACCGAGUUCGGCUGCGGCUCAACCUUCUACAUCGCCCCCGAGUGUCUCGGAGAGUGGAGCCACAACGCUACCAGCUACCCGACGCGCACGGCUGACGUCUGGUCGCUUGGUGUCAUCCUCGUAAACCUCGUUUGUGGAAGAAACCCUUGGCGCUGCGCUUCCCCCGGCGACGAGUCGUUCACCGCUUUCCUGAGGGAUCCCAACUUCCUUCGUCGCAUCCUCCCGAUCUCCAACGCCUGUCUGUCGAUCCUGUGCCAGAUCUUCACCCUUGACCCUGCUCAGCGCAUCACCCUUGAUCGCCUGCGCAAGCUCAUCCUGGAGAUUGACUCGUUCACCGACGACAAACGUACCUCGUGCUCGCGCCGCGCCGCUGUCCCUCCCCCCGUUGUCAUCCCCCAGCCCGCCGUCGCCGCUCCCUACGUCGACACCCGCUAUUACGAGGCUUCCUCGGACGCGGAGCCCGUGUUCAGCUUCGACGAGCCCGAGCUCGACAUCCACGACAGCGUCCCCCCGUCACUCCGCGCCGACACCAGCUCUCCUCGUCCUCAGCGGUCCAGCUCUGGCUCGAGCGAGAGCCCCUUCCCUCCCACCCCUCGCCUCGACAUUUCCGGCACGAUCCCUGGCGUCGAGACCAUCUCGUCGCUCACGACCCCUGUCUUCGAGCAAUUCGAGGGCAAGCCCUUCCAACAGGCGCAGCCUGGGCCGCUUCCUUACCCUCAGCUCUCCAUGCUGCUUUAA